AUGUCACCUAAUGAAACUCGAUCUUUGAUUUCCCUUUCCCUUACGAAUGUAGAGUUUGAUUCAUCCGAUCCUAUUGCUUAUGCUUUUGCAUAUAUAACCUUAUCUCCUUUGGCUAUUUUGGUUGCAUAUACUACUACCAUUAUCGCUCGAAGAGAGGUGGUUUCAAUCAAUAUGUUUAUUGGUCAGCUCGCUUGCGAAAUUUUGAACGCUGUGUUAAAGAAAUGGUUAAAGGAGAAAAGGCCUAUUGAUAAACUUGGGGAUGGAUAUGGAAUGCCCUCUUCACAUGCCCAAUUCAUUGCUUAUUUUACAACUUUUUCGAUUUUGUACUUGUAUACUAGGAUUACUUUCAGUCGAAAUUUAUGGAAAUUCCCAAUAACUUUAAGCAUGAUAAUACUAUUGAUCUCCGUUUCUUAUUCUAGAAUCCACCUUAACUACCAUACAUCAAAACAAGUUUUAGUUGGCAACAUUUUUGGUGCGAGUUUCGCUUUGAUAUGGUUCAUCCUAACGGAAUAUAUUUUACGCUCUUUUGGUAUGUUCAAAUUGAUUGUUGAAUCUCCUCUUGCAAAGUUCUUUUACUUGCGAGACUGUUCAUGUAUUCCGAAUAUUAUAAAAAUUGAAUAUAUGAAUUGGGAAGCUCUCUCAUCUAAACAGAAAAAGAAAUAA